UUUAAUAAUCCCACCAGACGGAACUGCCUUAAUAGGAUAGCUUAUGGCGAAAUUGAAAGGGCUUUGCGAUACGCAUGUGAUGACCCUGAAAUAACCCUAGUAGUUUUCACUGGGGUCGGUGAAUAUUAUUCGGCCGGAAAUGAUUUAAAACCCAAUGGCAAUAUUGACGACAUAGAUGCCUACAUAAGAGAAUCCAAUGAAAUAUUCAUUAAUAUGAUGAAAGCUUUUAUUGAAUGUACAAAAGUGAUUGUCUCAUUGGUUAAUGGACCUUGUAUAGGUGUGGCUGCCACGCUGGCAGGAAUUUCGGAUGUGGUAUGGUGUUCUGAAAAGGCAUAUUUUCACUGUCCCUUUGUUCGCCUUGGCAUUGUUCCAGAAUCUUGUUCAACAUAUUUGUUUUCAUUUUUGAUCGGGAGAUCAAAAGCCAGCGAAUUGUUGUUGAUGGGCGAAAAGCUUCUACCCACUGAUGCUUAUAAAUAUGGUUUAGUUACACGAACAUUUAAUUCGAAUGAAAUGGACACAGUCGUUUGGCCCAAGUUAAGAGAAUAUUCACAAUUACCCAAACAUUCAUUGCUUGCCACUAAAGCCUUUAUCAGGCUCUCCAUAAGGAAUGUGAAGAGUUAUAUUCUCGGUUUUAUAGUGAAGAGUUCAUUAACGCCGUUGCACAAUUUGCAGCUAGAAAAUCUAAAAUCUAAUCUGAUCCGUUUGCUUGGGGUCUGAUUGGACAUUGUAUGUUUACAUAUGUAUAAAAAUAUUUAUGUUAAUCUUAUCGCCAAUAAUGACUAGUUUUUCUAAAUACUUGUAUUUUAUAAUGUAUACGAAAAAAAAACUGUGAAAUCCAUCAUAAUUGCAAUUUGUUAAUUAAUAAUCUAUAAUACAAUAUGCCACUCAUCGACGUAACUCUUUCAGGACCGUUGGUAUCAAUUUAAUGCGUCAAAAAUGUUGUAAUUUGAACCUACCUUACAGAUACAUAACUAAAAUUAAAUGGUAAAGAAGUGAACGAAGAUUUUCUUAAAAAGGAUUUGUGAUAAAUGUUAAAUACAAUCCAACUAUAAGGUGUUUUAUGGUCUUGAAAGGGAAUGGGCAUGUAUCAGUUUUUAAUCCUUAAUUAAUGGCGAGUAAAAGUUUCGGAGGUUUCACGUGGUCAUAAAUUCCAAGACGGAGUAUGCAACAAUACACAAGUUGUGCGUACAUUUCACUGGAUGUCGUAGAGGAAAUAUGAAAAACCUAUUAAUUUCAAAUUAUUGCCUUAUAACCACCCCUUUAUGAUAUGUCAUGCCAUUAUGCCAAGCCAAGGUUAAGUUUCAAAUCUCUGAUUGCCUUCGAAGUCAUCAAAAAUCACAUAGGAACCCAAGAAAGAGCGUAUUGAAGCAAAUAUGCUG